AUGUGGUUUUUCGUAACUGUUAGCCCUCCUUCUGCGAAGAGAUUUUUUUUUAACGCCACAAAUAAGUAUUCGCGAGGAAGUUCUCCCGCAACACACAGCAGCUCGACCGAAGAGGCGCGGCGGCCACACUCCAGCUGCCCCACCGCCCAGGCGGCCCGGCCCGCCCCCGGAGCCGUGUUUACGGCAGGAGGAAGCCAGCGCGGUGCCCGCCCGCAGCGCCCGGCGGGCAGGUCCGGGCGCCCGCCCGCCCCCGCCGGGCUGAGCCCGCCCGCGGGACGGGGCGCGGCGGUGCAGCCGCCACCCCGCCAGCCCCGGCCCGCCAGCGGGCGGGCGCUGCCGGCCCAACUCACCGCGGCGGCGGCUGUGCAGCGCGGCGCGCAGGCGGCGUCCCGCCCGCUCCCUCCCCAUGCACGGCGGCGCCGGCCGGGGACGCGGCAGCAGCUCCGCGCCGACCCGCGCUCCUGCCGCUGCCUCCGGCUGGGCGGGCCGCCGCCGCCACGUCACCGCGCGGCCGCGGGCGGGGCGGGGCGGGCCCGCCGCGCUGCCCGGCGAGCGCCUGGGCCGGGCCGGGGCGGGCCGCGGCGUCCCGGCCUCGGCGGCCCUCGGCGGCCCUGGGCCCGCGGGGCGGGCUUGGCGGCGCUCUCCUGUGGAGGCGGCAGGCCCCUCGUCGCAGACUCACAGCAUUCUCUGAUUUGGAAAGGGAAGGGACACACGCGGAUCAUCGCGUCCAGCUCUUGGCCCUACGCAUCACCAUCCCCAAGAGUCGCCCCUGUGCUCGAGAUGGAAACUCAUCUGGAGCUCUGUCAGGUUCCGCUAGGGGGUUGUCGGCGCGAGGAGCGGAGCCGCUGCCGAGCAGGGAGUGCCGCUCCUUGCCCCGCUGCUGCUCGGCAGCCCGGCGGGCAGCCGGGGCUCCUGGCCCCCAGUCUGAAGCUAAAGCUGCGCCGCGGUGAGGCGAAGGGCUUGGCACCAGUGCGCGUCAGGGACAGAUCUGGCCUUGUUCAGCCCGGUAAACAAGCAGUGCGGCUUUGCUGCGGUCUGCCUGCACAGUGCUUGCAGUUUGGAAAACUCACACAAACAUGCUGCAGUGACACUGGAAACUUCUUCCAGGAAGAGAAAAGAAAGAAACUCCAAAAUAAAAAUAUUCUGAUGCCUCUGAAACAUAAUUACCUAAUAUGCCACUGAUAUCCAGACCACUCAAAGGAUAGGAGAGUAGUGUACUACAUUGCUUGGGCUCACUGCAUGACACAAGCCUCUGUUCAUCAAGAUUUCUGUGGACAGAUCCAUGCAAAUGCAAAAGAAUUUGACUCUUUAUAUUCUUAAGUUUCAGUAGUUUGUCAGGGUCAGGUGUAAUUGGUCCUGCCAAAUUUCUCAGCCUCUGGAGUGAUAAAAUGCAUCAUCACUUGCUUAGAUUUUGAAAGUCCAAUCUGUGUUAGGAGUCCAAACUUUACAGCUUAUCUAAUGAUACCUGGCAUUCUUGUUUGUCUUCUAUUAUAAUUAAACAUGUUUUAGUAUAAUGUAACAAUAAACGGAAUUAUCCUAUGAAAUAA